AUAUUGUUUGCAGGACGUUGUUCCUCCUGCAGCCCCCCCAGUCUAUCCCGACGUAGUUGUGAAUUGAACAUGGCGACUGUACCAGUAUAUUGCAUCUGCAGAUUACCUUACGACGUGACCCAGUUUAUGAUCGAGUGCGAUGCUUGCAAGGACUGGUUCCACGGCAGCUGUGUUGAGGUGGAUGAAGAUGACGCUCCAGAUAUUGACAUAUAUCACUGUCCAAACUGUGAGAAGAACCACGGUAAAUCCACAUUGAAAAAGAAAAAGAACUGGAGCAAACAUGACACGGGGCAAAGCACAGAUAUCAAAGCUGUUCAGAACGGCAGUCAGGUUUUCAUAAAGGAGCUUCGCAGUAGGACCUUUCCAAGUGCUGAUGAUGUUCUGGUGAAGCUGAACGGCAAUCAGCUGACCGUGGAUUACCUGGAGGAGGGGGGCUUCAACGAGCCAAUCCUGGUUCAGAAGAAGGAUGGCCUGGGCAUGUCCCUGCCUGCUCCCACCUUCUACAUCAGUGAUGUGGAGAACUAUGUUGGUCCGGAUGUCGGUGUUGACGUCAUUGACGUCACCAAACAGACUGACAGCAAGAUGAAGCUCAAAGAGUUUGUCGAUUAUUACUACAGCACAAACAGAAAGAAAGUGUUAAAUGUCAUCAACCUGGAGUUCUCUGACGCGAGGAUGAAUACUAUAGUGGAGAGUCCACACAUUGUGCGGCGGUUGUCAUGGGUAGAAAACUACUGGCCUGACGACGCUCUGCUCGGGAAGCCGAAAGUCACCAAAUACUGUCUUAUCUGUGUCAAAGACAGCUACACAGACUUCCACAUUGAGUGCGGUGGUGCCUCCGUUUGGUACCACGUCCUAAAGGGAGAAAAGAUCUUCUUCCUCAUCAAGCCCACCUCUGCUAACCUGUCUCUGUAUGAGCGCUGGAGGUCAUCGUCCAAUCACAGCCAAAUGUUCUUUGCUGACCAGGUGGACAAGUGUUACAAAUGCACUCUGAAGCAAGGGCAGACGCUGUUCAUCCCGUCAGGUUGGAUCAAUGCGAUACUGACUCCGGUCGACUGCCUGGCAUUCUCUGGACACUUCGUCCACAACCUGAGUGUGGAGAUGCAGAUGAGAGCGUAUGAAAUCGAGAAGCGGCUAAAGGUCAAAACUCUCACCCCCUUCUCUAACUUCGAGACGGCGUGCUGGUACGUGGGACGACAUCUCCUCGAGCGAUUCAAGGGUUUACAUAAAGCAAAUAAGCAGCCAGCCCCAUACCUGAUACAUGGUGCCAAAAUCAUCAAUGGAGCCUUCAGAGCUUGGACUAAAAAACAGGCCCUCUUGGAGCAUGAAGAUGAGCUUCCGGAGAACAUGAAACCAUCACAGCUCAUUAAGGAUCUUGCCAAAGAGAUCAGGCUGUCAGAGAAUGCAACAAAAGCCAUUAAGAGUGAGCCCAGCAUUAAGGUACCGGUGGAGGAACCGCCAUCCACCCACUCCGAGCCCGAAGAGCCCGUCUCCCCAGCUCAUGUCCCCUCGCCCAGCAGAGAGAAAGCCAGAAAGAAAGCUUCCAAACCCCCCAAGCCUCCCAAGCCUCCUAAACCCCCGAAGAUGCCCAAGGCCCCCAAGCCUCCGAAGGUGCCGAAGGUCAAGGAAGGAGGAAAGAAGAAAGCGAAGAAAGCGAAAGAGUCGUCGCCGCCUCCUAAACCCUCCAGCUUCGCAGCUCUUGAGUCCCAUGCGAAAGACAUCUUGAGCAAAAUGGACCAGCCAAAAAAGACUAAGGCUGUCAAGAACGUCCUCAGUAUAUCAGAGAAGGAAAUGUCAAAGCAGAACAAUGUGGAGAAGUUUGAAAUCAGAGAGCAGAAUAAAAACAAGACUGAAGCAAAAUGGAAGUAUAAGGGGGAGCAAAAGUGUCAUUUGAAGACAGCAGGGCUUUGGUUUCAUGGAAAAUUCCAUGCCAAACUGCUGUGGAAUGCUCCAAGGAUCUCCUCACAUAAGGCCAAACAUUUGCAGCUGGAGCAGAGACCCUGUUAGAGGUUUACCAAGGUCACAGAGACUCACUGCUGAGUCAUGUUAGAGUCCUCAGCUCCUCUGUGUGCUGCGCAGGGCAGGUAGGCCCAUGCUGCAUGUCAUUUCAAUCAGCUGAAUGCAUGAGACGAGGUUCAG